ACCUUUAAUAGAGGAGAGUUCCAAAGUAGCUUUUUGUUUUUGACAAUCAUGACGCAUAAAAUAGAGUUCAAGAUAGAAAAAAACUGAAUCCUCAUGACAUAGAUAUAUAAAGUGCAAGCCUCAAGGAAAUUCUUCAUUAUAAGUGUUAUCAUGGCAACGUGGGAUGGGGGAGGAGGAGGAGGAAGAUGGAACUCCCCUGAUUCUCCAACAUCCCGACAAGUAUCACCUGGAUCAGAUGUUUCUGUGCGUCCAGAUACUGAGGAAAAUGUCGUAAACCAAGCAGAAGAUGUCAUCCGCAAUUUCAUGUACCAACGAUAUCAACAGGAGCAGAUGGAAGAAGAUCCAGAUACUAUGGAGCAGACUCCAGCCAUACCAGAGCUGGUUCAUUUCACCACUGAUCCCAUGAGUCAAGCUUCUCAGGUCGGGCGCCAAUUAGCAAGAAUCGGUGACGACAUCAACCGAAGAUACGCUGACGAAUUUAGUGACAUGAUCAACCAGCUGAAUAUCACAGAGGAUACUGCUUACGAGGUGUUCGCUGGUGUAGCAAGAAAAUUGUUUUCUGAAGGAAUAAACUGGGGCAGGGUCUCGGCGCUCUUGUGUUUUGCGUACAGAAUAGCCAUGAAAGUACUGCGUAUCAGGGAACGAGCUUCACGCUUCGCAGACUUCCUUAAACUCAUCAUUAACCAUGUCGUCCGCUUCAUCAAAGAGAUGAUAGCUUCAUGGAUAGCACAGGAAGGUGGCUGGGCUGCAGCCUUGAAGUACAUGCCAUCAGUUAGCUUGAAGACCCUCGGGGCCAUCGCAGGAAUCUGUUUCUUAGCCAUAGGUGCAGUUUUCUACUUCAACAAGAAAGGAAGUUGAGUGAAAGUACAGUGCAUAGUUACCCUCGUUGACAUUGAUCUCAGUCGAGAAGAUUACUCCGUGAUCAUGACCAGCUCAAAAAACAAUUAUGAAACAAUCAGCUCAUAUGGGGUGUUUAAUUGUGUGAAUGAAUUUUCAACUUUGUCAUUCUUUUGUGUAAUAUUCAUUAUUUCCAUGCUUAAGUCCAUAUUGGUAUGAUCAUUGUUUUGACAAAUAGUAUAAUUGUUUUUUUUAUUGUCAGAGCUGAUGUAUUUAUCCAGCAAUUAGCCCAUGUCUUGUAAUAAGCCCAUCUGUAUCUAUCGCUGCUCAGAUUAUCUACCAACAAAUAUAAUUUCAUUGUCCUAUUACAAGCCCAUCUCCCUGAGUUUGAGCUUGUUGUUAUUUGCUAGCCCCCAGGGCUUAUUGCAGGAUAAAUUUGAUGGGAUAACGACAUAGUAAUGUUGAAUUUUUUUUUCUUUCAAAUUUUCAAAAUAAAGUUAUUGGUGCAAUAAUAGAAUGGUAUCCCCCUUAUUUUAGCCAGUAGAGCCCAAGACUGGACAGGCUUUAUUUUGAAAAGAUAAAAACUAAAAACUCUGGCAAAAAAAAUUUAAAUUUGUUUUAUAGAUAUACAUGUUUUUCUAAUUUGUAUAAAUUUAUAUUUCAUAUAUUAAAAGGUGCAUUUUGAAAAUCAGAAAUAAUGUGAAUUUCACUCAAUUUCGGUAGAAAAUAAUGGUUGAAUAGAAAGGUUGAGCAAAUGAAAUUGAAUGUCGGUUGAAUUAUAUGUAAUGUAAUAUGCACUUAAUGCUGUCUGUAUGAUAGCAAACUAACAUUUGUUUGACACGAGAUGUUUUUGUUUUUAAUUUUUUUCAAAUGUUCUGAUUUUAGCAUGUCAAAUCUGUAAUGACACAUCAGAAAUACAACCCUAAUGUUAAAUAUAGAUUUUAAAAUGUGAGGAUUGUAUAUCUAAUUUUGAGAUUUUUAACUGACAAGAGAUUGAACCGAGUUAGAGGUGUAAAGCUAGUUCCAGUGUAAUUAUAUCACAAGGCAGUUGAGAAUUUCAAAAUUGAGUAAUUAUCAUACAAAAUUAUUAAACCAAUCAUCUGAAGUUCAGGGAUCUUUUUGCAAACAUAUCUUACAUGAUAAAAAAAACUUGAACAUUAAAAAAAAAAAUGCUUUUUUUUUUGUUAUCAAAAACACCAAUUAAAUUGGUACAGUUGUAUUGCUACUGUCGGGCUACAUUUACAGGUGUGCUUGACCUCAAUUAUUGUACUGAAUAAAGAUGAGCCUACAUAUUGCAUGACCAAACUACCAUCCAUGACCUAUAAAAUCGUAUCUUAUUUUGUCAUGACAUUCAUACUUUUAUUGCAAUGUAAAAACUAGAUGGACAUAUCCAAAAUGAAAAUGCUGAAUUGAAAUAUUGCAUGCAGAAAGUGGCAGGUACAUGUAUUUUGUUCUUAUUAAGCAGCAAAUGACUAAUUAUAAUUAUAAUUAAAAAUUGGAAUUAUAAUUAUAAUUAAAAACUGGAAUUAUAAUUAUAAUUAAAAAUUGGAAUUAUAAUUAAAAAUUGGAAUUAUAAUUUAAAAUUGUAAUUAUAAGGGGCUGUUCUGUGAUAUUAUUUCAAACAUGGUUAUUUUGGAUAUUACACACUGUAAAUGACUGAAUGUUUCAACUGGACAUUCCAGUGUAAAAUAAGAAUGUAUGCAAUUUUCUAUUUGUUAAAUUUAUAUCGUUUAGAGAUAUAUAUCUAUAUAUAUAUAUAUGUUUCCUCUCAUUGUUUGACAGAAGUGCCUAAAUGUUAAGUCUGAAGUUAAGCAGAGUAUAUUAGAGGUGUUAGAGUGAUGAUAUACCUAAUGUUGAUGGGAAAUUUUGUUUUACUGGUAUAUUUUUUGUAAUUAGAUGUUUUGAGCUUUAUCAAGCACGGCAAAGUGUUUUUGAAUGGGUUGAAUAUGUUCACAGUAAGCACUUGUAAAUUGUAUAUAAAAUUUAAUGACUUGAUAUUGAUUGGGUUAAUCAACAUGGAAUAUUGACCAAUUGAUCAUCAAUCAGAUUGGUGUAUUUAUUGUUUUCAUGACCUUCCAUGAAAUAUGUACUUAAGCUGAGAUUCUUCAAAAGCAUGUUAAAAUAUAUGAAUACACAUGCAUUCCUCAUGAUUAUAUGCAUACAUGAUUACUUAUAUAAGAUGAUUUUCAACAUAUAUAAAUACAUAUAUAUAUACUUGACACAAUUACAUGCAUACACAUACAGGUAUAGCCAUUUAAAUACAAAUGUGUCACAGUAUACAUAUGAGAUUCUUCAAAAGCAUGUUAAAAUAUAUGAAUACACAUGCAUUCCUCUUGAUUAGAUGCAUACAUGAUUACUUAUAUAAGAUGAUUUUCAACAUAUAUAAAUACAUAUAUAUAUACUCGACACAAUUACAUGCAUACACAUACAUGUAUAGUCAUUUAAAUACAAAUGUGUCACAGUAUACAUAUGAGAUUCUUCAAAAGCAUGUUAAAAUAUAUGAAUACACAUGCAUUCCUCAUGAUUAUAUGCAUACAUGAUUACUUAUAUAAGAUGAUUUUCAACAUAUAUAAAUACAUAUAUAUAUACUCGACACAAUUACAUGCAUACACAUACAUGUAUAGCCAUUUAAAUACAAAUGUGUCACAGUAUACAUAUGUAAAACAUGUAACAUAUGUAUUAACUGUAACCAACUUGUACCACAUAUCAUAUAUAUAUGUAUGUAUCUAUAUUUUAGGUAAACAUAUUUGUAUGUUGGUUGGUAUGCAUGGCCACAAGCAGUGCCAAAGAAUUGGAGUUGACAUCACUAGUGUACUGUUGUUGGAAUUCAAAGAUGGUAUCAUUCAUGAAUGAUUUAAAAAUGAUUGAUAACAUCUUAUUAUAUCCCCCAAAUAACUUUUGGAAAAUAUUGUUUUUGCUCUAUUUCUUUUUAUUUUGUAUUUUUCUUAUUUCUUCAACUUUCUUCUGCCAAAGAGGUUUCUAAUAUGUUUUUCGAAAACCAUAGGACGGAGUUCAGUGAAACUUUACAUGAGUGUAAGGCUGGCAGUGCGCAAGAAUGUUUCAUUUUUCGAUUGGUCAUAUCUAACUGAUCAGCCGGGCCAUGGCUUCUGAUUGGAGGAAAUUUAGAUAUUGUCGGAUUUUGAUGAAAUUAAGUAUGCAGGUGUAGGUUGACACUACAAACACUGUCGCGAUAUAUAUAUAUUUACCACUUUAUUUAUGACUGCAAGGGUCACUUUUAGGACAUAUGUAAUGGUGCCCUAUGUAAUUAGUACUUGUUACUGUAAUUAUAGAAUCCGAAGUUUAAGGAAUACUGUCAAAUCCUUUUUUUCAAGUAAAAACAAAAAAGAUAAUACAGAAAAAACUUCAUAUGAGCAUCAUUAAAAUGAUUAAGGUAGAAAAUAGUAUUUAUUCUCUAUAAGAGAUAUGUUUGCUUUGCAAGACACAAAUCAGUAUUCAUAUUAAUGGACAGGAAAAGUGCUUGAUGGAGGUUGAAACAGUUCACAUAUUAAGCUCAUGAUUAUCGUUUUAUUGCCUGUUACUGCAUGAGAUCUCAUAAUGUGAAGUGGUGACCACCUACCAUUCCUUAAAUUAUUAUAAUAUACAUGUAUACUUAGUGCGACUUCGUGAUGUAGAGGGUGGGUCCCAGUAGAAGAAAAUAUCCUUAAAGGACUACUCCUUCAGUAGAAGUGAAGUAAAUCUAACCAGAUUUAAUGUAAAUGAUCCCAAUAUGAAAUACACAAAAUUCUGAAAAACUGAAAGUUAUGCUGAAAUAUAGUGCAUUAAAAGGCUAAAGUUAAAUCUAAUUUAAAAGUCUAGUCAAAACAGAUGAAGGGAUUUCAAUCUAAUGAGUGUUAAUAAUCCUUAGAUUAAAUAGACACAUUGCUGUAUUAUCAAUAAAGGUCAUUAAGAGUAGCCAUUGUAUCUUUAAAAAGUCUACUCGUGAAGAACAGAUGAAUGGAUAUUAACCUAAUUUUUAAAGGAUCCUAUUGAAUCAAAUAGACAUGAUGGAGUAUGUUAUUAGAGAAGGUCAAAUAGGGUAGAGAUAGGUAUCUUUAGAAGUCUAUGCCUUCAGAAUAGUUUAUUGAACAAAAAUAGAAGUAUGCCAUACUGUAACUUUGAAGAGUAUGGCUGGAUAUGCCAGCGCAUCAGGAAAGAGUCUAAUAUUAGAAUUGAGUUGGUAGUAGGAAUAAGGGUAAAUUUUCACUGAUCAAUUAUGUUUAUUUUGCUGUUUAAUAUGCUUGUAUAAGUUAAGUAUAUGAAAGAAUGUGUGACCUUUACAAGCCCCUGUGACACUAUGUGAUCUUCACAGGCCCCUGUGACACCAGUAAAUGUGAAGUCUCUUAAGACAAGCAGUAUGUGUGGAAAUGGCUUAUGUAUAUACACAAUGCUUUUUGGUUUGGGUGUAUUGCCCUAGUUUCAUGAAAUGAUAUUUAUCUGGUAAUUUAUUUUUAAUUUGGCUUUAGAUCUCAACCUAAUCUUCAUCGACUUUUCUGACUGUCUCCGAUAUUAAAUUAUUCAUGUGAAAGUCAUCAUCAAAUGAAUUGUAUUUAUGGUGACGAAAUACCAUAAAUAUUUCUGUGUUAUCAAAAUUAUUGAUGUCUGUGUGAGUGUCGAGAUAGAUGAUCUUGCAAAUAUAUUUAUUUUUGAGAUUAUGGAGUAUUUUUCGUCACACAGAUUUGGAAAUCAUCCAUAUCCGAACAAUUAAUUUGAUGAAUCUGUGCAGUUGAACCUCAUCAUCUUAUAAAUUUGAAAGUAUUUUGAAAAUUAUGUCUUUGUUAUCGGUUAAUAUCAGAAAGGUUAUUUUUCAUCGUGUCAACAGCCUUACCAUAAAGGGGACUAUUAAUCUUUAUAGUGAUUUUUUUGGCCAAUCAUCUUCCUUAGAUUUUUUAUCAUCGUUUAUAAUUUUGAAUGAUUCAUAUUCCUUUUAACAAAGGUUGUAAGGGUAUGGGUUAUGAAUUAGGUUAUUAUUUUCUUUGAAAUACAUGUUUUACGAGAAAAAUCCAGGUUCAGGGAAAGUCCAUCAGUAAUCAUUUGUCCGGUAAAUUAAUCCAGAGAGCGUAGCCACUUGUAGCUGGGGUUGAAUAUGAUAGGAUUGCGAUGAUUUGAUUAUACUUUUAUGGCAAUAAUAUAUAUAAUACAAAGUAUUGCAAAUUGAUAAAUGAUUCUCAAAAUAUCACAGCUUGAAGAUAUGAAUAUUUAGGCUUGAUGAAAUUCAGUUUUAAAUAUUUCACUUUGUUCUUGAAAUGAGUCUUUGUUUAAAUUGUUUGGCCUUAGAAAUAUGUGAAAUAUUUCUUGUGAACAUGAUGACUUGAAAUAUAAACAUUCUCAUGAAACUUUGUAUGCAGCCUUAUAUCAAUAAGAUCUCGGAUGAGUUUGCUAAUUGGGGCGAUUCAAUUGUAACUUACAGAGUUAUGGCCCUUUCCAGUUUUAUUAUCAUUGGUCCUUGUGAGCAUGCUACAAAAACUUGAUUAAAUAUAAAUGGAUUUUGAUGAAAUUCAGUAUAUCAUUUAGAUGUCAGAUGAGUUCACAAUGGAACUGAUACAAUGUAACUUGCAGAGUUUUAGCCCUUUGCACUUUGUAGUAUAACUACCAUUGAACCUUUUAAACAUAACUUCGGUAAAAAUAUGAAUGGAUUUUUAUUAAAUUUGGUAUGGUGUGAGAUUCAUACCAAUUAUCUUUAAAAAUUUCCUCAUUGGGACUGAUCUGAUUGUAAUGGUUAUUGCCCUUUGCAGUUUAGGUCUAGGGUCAUGAUUUUAGGCCAGUAGCAUUCUGGGAUGAAGGAAUAACAGGUUUAUUAAAAUUCCUUGGCCUACUUUCAAGGUCACAUGCAUCCAAAUGUUCAAUCUUAAUUGAAAAGCAAAAUCAUCUGUCAGUACAUGUAUCAGAACUCAGGUGACCGAUCAGGCGCAUUGGCCUCUUGUUACAAGUUCAAAUUAUUAUUUUUUUUUUUUAUAUAGACAUAAUAGGCACGUGGAUAUCAAACUAGCGAUAGGGUAAAAAGACAAUGAGGUAUUGUGUGAAAGAUGAGACAAGAAUUAUCUUGAGAGGGUGAAGUGGUAUGAUAUUGUCAGUUUUUUUUUGUUUUUUUUUUUCAAUGUUAUUACUGCUAGUCAUGAAAUCUAAGUCUGAGAUUAUUUCAUUUCUUGACAUUUUGAUUAUAGAGUUGUAUCACGACUCGCCAGACACAUUUGUUCAACAUGUAAUGAACAGGAGAUGGUUAAAAAAUUGUGUUAUUGAAUUAUACCAAUGUUUUCAACUGAAUACCAAGGAAACGCCAUCUCCUUUGCAAGCGAGUAUGGAUUCGUUUAUGAAUUUCAGAGUUAUUCAAAUGUGGGGCGUUAGAAAUGUGUCUAUGUCAGACCUGUGGCAGGAGUUCCUUUAAGAUUGGUUGCCUUCUUGAUUUUGGGUUUCUUAAAGCACUAUAACAUUAUUUCUGUUAUGAAUUUAAAUUGGCUCAAUAAAAUAUAAAGAAUAUUUUACAUA